AUGUCGCACGAAAAGGGCGCUUGUCAGACUACCAACACGGUCCGAGUGAAGGAUAAGGAAGAGGAAGAGGAAGAAAUUAUCCCACUUGAUCAGGAUGAUAUUGCGCUACUCAAAUUAUAUGGAUCUGGUCCUUAUCAUGCAACCGUAAAGGAGUUGGAAGAGUUUGUUAAGACAAAGGCAGAGGCCGUAAACAAGCAGGCUGGUGUGAAGGAUAAUCAACUUGGUCUUGCACCACCUGUGCAAUGGGAUCUUAACAGUGAUAAUGAUGUAAUGCGUUCUGAAAGUGCCUUACAUGUUGGUCGUUGCACACGAAUUCUCAACAAGGGACAACCCGAUGCAAAAUAUGUUGUGAGUAUACGUGAUAAUGCCAAGUAUGUGGUAAAACUUGGAAACCGUGUAGCCCCGGAGGAUAUUGAAGAAUCCAUGCGUGUUGGAGUGGCGAUGGGAUAUUCUACCAUUCAAAUUGAAAUCCCACUUCCACCUCGUAUUGAUCCUUCUGUAUCGAUGAUGCAAGUAGAGGAAAAACCAGAUGUAACGUAUAAUGAUGUUGGUGGGGCAAAAGAACAGAUUGAACGUAUUCGCGAGGUGGUAGAACUUCCUCUCACACACCCAGAGAAGUACACACAAUUGGGCAUUGAUCCUCCCAAGGGUGUUCUUCUCUAUGGACCACCGGGAACGGGUAAGACUCUAUUGGCAAAGGCCGUGGCGAAUCGCACAGAUGCGACUUUUAUCCGCGUGAUUGGAUCUGAGUUGGUGCAGCGCUACAUUGGUGAGGGAGCUCGAAUGAUUCGUGAGAUCUUUCAACUCGCCCGAUCUAAAAAAGCGGCGAUUAUUUUCUUUGAUGAGGUGGAUGCGGUUGGUGGGGCCCGCGGUGGUGGGAGCGGAGAUGAUGAGAUCCAACGCACCAUGUUGGAGAUGGUCAAUCAGAUGGAUGGAUUUGAUGCCCGCGGGAAUGUGAAGGUCAUUAUGGCCACCAACCGCCCAGACACACUCGACCCCGCCCUCACUCGACCAGGGCGAAUGGACAGACGGCUAGAAGUGGGUUUACCAGAUCUAGAGGGACGCACAAAGAUUCUCCGCAUUCACGCCAAGUCUCUUUCAUGUGAAAAGAAUAUUCGAUUUGAACUCAUCGCAAGGUUGUGUCCCAACUCUACAGGGGCGGAUCUCCGCUCGGUGUGUACGGAGGCAGGGAUGUUCGCCAUUCGAGCGAGGCGAAAGACCAUCAAUGAGAAGGACUUUCUUGAUGCUGUCAACAAGGUGAUUAAGGGACAGCACAAGUUCAGUGCUACAGCAAAGUACAUGGUCUACAACUGA